GUUCUUCAUAAACAGCUCGUCAUCCACCUCCGUAGUUUGCUAGCCAACAUAGCUGAAAGAUUCAAGCUAUUUAUACGCUUUCGGUGUAAAUUAGCUACUGUGUUUUAGACACACUUCUGUCGUAUCUACUUGUUAACCUAUUUACUUUAAUAUUACGUUAUUCUUUAUUAGUCAGCUAUAGUAGCUGGCUGGUUAAAUUAGCACUAGCCUAGUCGCUAAUGAUAGCUAGCUAGCUAACAUCCCCGAACAUGAGCUCCCUAAACUUCUCCCCUCCUGUUAAAGAAGAUGGGGUCUGCUGGUCGGAGAAAGAAGGUAUGGGGCUGAACAUUGUCGUGAAAGAGGAGAAGGAAGAAGAGGAUGUUACAGUAAAAGAAGAGGUAGAGGGUGAGCCUGUUACAGUGAAAGAAGAAGAGAAAGACGUUUCGGUGAAAGAAGAGGAAGACGCGUUCAGAGUGAAAGACGAGGAGGAAGAGAAAGAGGAGGAUGCGGUUUUUGGACUGAAGAAGGAAGGGGAGAUUACUGUCACAUUGAAAGAUGAAGAGCUGGAGAUAGGAGAUCUGAUUAAAACCAAAGAAGAGGUCUGCUGGACGGAGAAAGAAGCUCUGGGGCUGAACAUUGUCGUGAAAGAGGAGAGAGAAGAAGAGGAUGUCACAGUAAAACAAGAAGUAGAGGUUGAGGCUGUUACAGUGAAAGAAGAAGAGAAAGACGUUACAGUGAAAGAAGAGGAUGACUGGUUCAGAGUGAAAGAGGAGGAGGAUGUUACAGUAAAAGACGAGGAGGAAGAGAAAGAGGAGGAUGCGGUUUUUGGAGUGAAAGAGGAGGAGGGGGAGAUGACUGUCACAUUGGAGAAAGAAGAGGAGGUUGGAGAUCUGUUUAACACCAGAGAGAUACUUAACUAUCGUGGAUCCUCUGGGGAGCCUCAACAACCUCUUGAUACUGAAGAGGCAGAGAAGAGUCUCUCCAGAUCAGAACAACUCAAUAAACACCUGCAGAGAUCCACAGGGAAGAGAACUCACUGCUGCUCUGACUGUGGGAAGAUAUUCACCUCAUUAGGCAUUAAAAGUCAUCAGAGAACACACACAGGAGAGAAAUCGUAUAGUUGUGAUCAAUGUAUGAAGAGUUUUGGUCAAUCUGGAGAGCUGACAGUGCACCAGAGAACACACACAGGAGAGAAAUCUUACAGCUGUGAUCAAUGUGGGAAGAAUUUUGGUCGAUCUUGCCAUUUGACUGAACACCAGAGAACACACACAGGAGAGAAACCUUAUAGCUGUGGUCAAUGUGGAAAGAGUUUUGCUGCAUCUAGAUCUCUGACUCUACACCAGAGAAUACACACAGGAGAGAAACCUUAUAGCUGUGGUCAAUGUGGAAAGCGUUUUGAUCGAUCUGGAAAGCUGACAGUGCACCAGAAAAUACACACAGGAGAGAAACCUUACAGCUGUGAUCAAUGUGGGAAGAAUUUUGGUCGAUCUUGCCAUUUGACUGAACACCAGAGAACACACACAGGAGAGAAACCUUAUAGCUGUGGUCAAUGUGGAAAGAGUUUUGCUGCAUCUAGAACUCUGACUCUACACCAGAGAAUACACACAGGAGAGAAACCUUAUAGCUGUGGUCAAUGUGGAAAGCGUUUUGGUCGAUCUGGAGAGCUGACAGUGCACCAGAGAAUACACACAGGAGAGAAACCUUACAGCUGUGGUCAAUGUUGGAAGAGUUUUUCUGCAUCUAGAACUCUGACUCUACACCAGAGAAUACACACAGGAGAGAAACCUUAUAGCUGUGGUCAAUGUGGAAAGAGUUUUGGUCGAUCUGGAGAGCUGACAGUGCACCAGAGAAUACACACAGGAGAGAAACCUUACAGCUGUGGUCAAUGUGGGAAGAGUUUUGCUGCAUCUAGAACUCUGACUCAACACCAGAGAAUACACACAGGAGAGAAACCUUAUAGCUGUGAUCAAUGUGGGAAGAGUUUUGGUCGAUCUGGAGAGCUGACUCUACACCAGAGAAUACACACAGGAGAGAAACCUUAUAGCUGUGGUCAAUGUGGGAAGAGUUUUGGUCGAUCUUCCUAUUUGGUAUCACACCAGAGAACACACACAGGAGAGAAAUCUUACAGCUGUGGUCAAUGUGGGAAGAGUUUUACUACAUCUGGCUCUCUGACUCUACACCAGAGAACACACACAGGAGAGAAAUAUUAUAGCUGUGAUCAGUGUGACGAGAUACUUUGAUAAAGUAUCUCUGAUCAAAUAUCAGAAAGUACAUGAAGGAGUUAUAUUGUGAUAUCAAUGAAAAAAUGUCACAAUGUAGAAUGUUUUUAACAUUGUAGUAGGAGUAUUUUAAGGAAUUUAUGUAGAACCCUAAACGUUUACCCCAUUCAAUUGAUUUCAGUGUGAUAUGGAUAUUAGCCUUGGGAAAAAUCCAGGCUCUGAAUUGAAAGAGUACUAUUUAUGUGAUUUAACAAAAAGUGACUAACACAAAAAUAGCUGUGUUACACUUACCAUGUUGGUGACCCACUUGAAUCAAAAUGCAACACUUCAUAAUGUAGCUAUCUGUUUUCUACAAAUUGUCCUCUAACCAGGGAUGUACACAUUAUUCCCAUAUUCCGUGUGGUUUUUGAGCUGUUAGUUUUAACAGGACGUGAAACCUCAUCUCCUCCCUCUCGCACAAUUGAUUUCAACAUGAUAUCAAUGCGUUAUGACGAAUAAGUGUUGCGUUCCUUUGUUUAGCGACCCCUACAUUUAAAUGCAUCACUCCAAAAUGUAGCUGACUGUUUUCUGCAGGUUGUCCUCUGUCCUCUAGUGAGGUAAAAGAUAUCUCCCAUUUCCAUGUGUUUUGUUUAGUUGUGUUAGUUUCAACAUCACACACAACCUGAUUUCCCCCCGAAUUGCUAUGAGUGAUUUAUUGCUACUUGUCAAAACAAGAGCGUGUUUGUUGCUUGUGCAGUUUAUAGGGAGCUUGUUUAAAAUAUCCAAGUAAUAUGAUUAUUGUGGCAGAUGUUUGUGUAAAUAGCACAUUUUAUGUUUAGGUUUUCCAUUUAUCCCAAACUGUUUCUGCAUAUUGGUUAUUGAUUUGGACACGUUAAAACUGUGUUUUGACAUUGGGCUAUCCCACCUAGCAAAAUGUAAUUGAAAAUAAGACUAUGCAACCAAAUAUUUUAUAUUUACAUUUCAUGUAACAUUUAGAAAUGAUAAUUAUUUAUGCAACCAUCUGACAAUUUUUGGUACAAUUAUAUUGACAUUGUUGCCCUGCUUUUAGAAUGUCAGGGUUCAUUCUCAGAUGUGCCAACCCAAAUGUACUAGAGCAUGACAUUGGGGAUUGGGCCCUGAUCCAACAACAUGCCUAUCGAGUGAACCCUGAAAAGAGAGAGAAGCUCCGCGAUGAGGUGGAAAGUUACUAUGGAUAUUGCAGGAGUUUCCUCUUGAAAUCAGACAUGUCUGUGGUAAGGACAACUUGGUUGCUGAUUUUCUCAAGGGUGGGCAGUCAAAAAGAUUUGUGUUUUGCGUUUAGCCAGUGCGUUGCCAUUGAUCACAAUUUAUUUUGACUGCACAUUUUUCUGUAUUGGAGAUGAGUUUUGUUUGGGCUCGUUCCAAGAGGACCAGAGUUCUAGAAGCGAGUGAGUUUUAGGAUUCUAUAGAAAGAAAAAGGAGAAAAGAAACGAUUGUAUAUUAUUAUUUAGAAUUUUUGUUUUUUCUUGUUUUUAAUUGUUGACAGUCAGUAGUGUGAGGAUCUGUGUUUAUUGCACUAUAACCCAAUACUAUAACACAUGUGAUUGAAUAUUAGCAACUGUUGGUCUGGGUUCCUGUGUGUGUGCUGGAAGUAACAUUUUGCCCCAGAUAAGUGUGCUGAGAAGCUGUGGUUAACCUUGAGCGAGAACAGUAUGCUUUCUAUGCAGGUGCAAAUAGCUCAAACAAUGUUACAGAACUGUCUGACCUCAGUCUCCGGGGUGUGGGAGCGUAAUCUACACAGCAACAGCGCCGGACACCAAGGAGCGCCAAGAGGCUGGGACCAGCCUGAGUGCCGGCGAUAGGCUGAGCAAGUUUAAACCACGCUCAGCCUCUACUGUGAUAGGCCAACAGACGGGUUGGAACUACGUCUAUCACCGUAUAAGAACAGCUGUUUACUUACAUCCUGCCAGUUCUCUGCUUUACCCUGCGUGGUGAUACAGUGAACCCGUAUAUACGAAAAUUGCAUUUACCAUUUAUCGCUUGAGUUUAAUAAAAAAUACUUAAAGUAUA